AAACUCCAUCGUCGUUUCAUUUCCUGCUCGGCACCAAGCAACGGUCCCUUCUUCCAUCCCUUUCACUCACUAUCAAAUAUUAAUUCUGCAUUUCUACGAACCCUUCCCAUCUCUUCAUAAUCCCUCUCCUAUUUUAAACUCCCGUUUCUUCUUUGAAACCUCACUGAAACUUCACCUUAAUUUUUAUCUCCGAUUUUUCCUUUUCUUUUUUAUGCUGCCGUUUUAGUGGCAAAAAUAAAUAAAGAAACCGGAUCGUGAGCUUCGUGGUGCAUGACGAGCGCUUCGGAGUUAUUUUAUCAAAGAAGGUCCCGUGUGAGCCGAGCCGAUUCCGAUCUAGGGCUCGAGCCUUCUCUCUCUGACCGUAGUUUUUACCAAAAUUACAAUCGCCGCCAUCACCAUAAUCAUAAUCAUAACCAUCGUCAUGAUUUGGACGGCUGUGAUCCUCUCCGCAGACCGCCCCACGUGCGGACCCCCUGCCACCGGCUGUCAUCCCCAUCUGAACGUGCCUCAGCUCGACUGGAUCAAGAUACCGACCAGUUUGUACCAAGUAACAAUCUCACCGCUGAAACUUUAAGCCGGCCAAGAGUGACUGGAAAUGGGAGGCUUCCUGGAGCUGUGCUACUAGCAAGGGCAAGGCUUCUUGAAAGGUUAAGAGGAGUGUCACUUUCUGUAAACAGGCGAAGUGGCCCAGCUUCCUUUGGCAUCUAUAACAGGGAGUAUACGCUUGGUGACGAAUUGAGGGUUGUUGAUGCAGGAGCCUGGGGAACUGACAUUUCUACAGGGUUGUUUGCUGGAGUUUCUCCUUUCAAUGACUCAACCUUUCAAACCGAAAGACCUCACACCGUGCAGGAAUCAUGCAAGAAGAAACCGCCUGGUCUAACUCAAGAUGCCCUUCAGUGUUUGCAAUCAGAGGUAUUUAGCUGUUUAGGGAAGGGUAUUGAAGGGGGUUCAUCUCCGGUGUCGCGGGAUUGUAGUAUAUGUCUCGAGAGUUUCAGUGAAGGAGACGAGCUUAUUCGUUUGCCCUGUGACCAUAGAUUCCACUCUGCUUGCCUGGAUCCUUGGGUCCGGACUUGUGGGGACUGCCCAUAUUGUAGAAGAGAUAUAGUUGUAAGUAAUGAUUGACAAAAAAAAGAACAUGAAGUCAUUUGGAAGCAGUCUAUUUCAUUGUCAUGAAUUCGAAUUCAACUGCAUUAAUUUUGUUUA